GUUAUGAGGUUGGUACAUUUACUUACUAUGUUUUUGUCUACCGAGACAAUUGUUUCCACUGUAUCCAGAAGACUUCUUCAGGGUGACAGGUAAAUCUACAUACAAUGAAUCACCAUCCUUAUGAAAACUAUAUACCAUUGAGCAUAAGUUCUUCUGCAUCCACAAACACCAUGGAAACAAAUCUUGAACGAAUAAUAUCACCUUCCGUGUUGGAUAAUUUUGAUCUCUAUGUAGUUUUGAAACCAAAAAUUCUAGCGACACCGCCAAUUGAGAUUAAUGAUCCACCUCUUAUAGACUUCAGUGUUGAUGAUAACAUACUGAACGUUAGUGGAGAGAAACAGUUGAUUACUGAGCCAAAAGAAUCAAUUAUCAGGAAAGAAUCAUGCAAACUAGCUGAUUUAGUCGAUAAUGUACUUGUAACUGCCUUGGAUGUGGAAGAGAAUAAAUCAAGAAUAGAUUUCACUGACUUCUUCAAUCAAUGUGAAAAUAAUAAAAAAUAUAUUGCCUCAAAUAAUGAUUGCCCACGUAAAUCGAACAAUGAAGUAUUAGGUAAUGAUUAUAAUAAUCAAGCUAAAAAUUAUAAUGAAACUGCACGUAUUGUUGAUGAUUUGUUCGACAAUUAUGUUAUGUCGGAAUAUCCAACCCGAGAGUGGAUUGGAGACGUAUCAGAUACCCAUAAUAGAAAUAAUAGUAAUUUAAUAGAUACUGUACUAUACAACAAAAUGAUCGAAACAGAGCGCACUAUAAAAUUAAAGAAUAAUGUUCAGAAGUCAAAAGACACUGAGAAAGGUAAUACAGAUGAGACAAAUAAAUUAAAUCGAAAGACAACUACGGUAGCUGAUAUGAGACCUACCAAAACUAAUAUCCAAUUGCACAGCGUUUUUUCUGACAUAAAAUCGCAAAGAGGAAUAUGUAUAAACAAUCCUUUGAAAUACUACGAUCCAGUUAAAUUUUUAUAUGCCAUUAAAGAUGUAGACGUUGACAAUUAUGAACUAAGAAUACUUCCAAUGACCUUAAAUCGAAAGCUGUACGCUAAAAAGCGUAUUACGAUAAGUGAUGAUGAUAAAAUUAAAUUUACGAAAGGCCCGAGUUUAAAGGAAAAGAGGAUCGUGCUACCUCAAAUAAUGCGGCGUUUGAUUGUGAAGAAAUCUGAAAUGGAUAAAGAACAAAAUUGUAAUAAAAGAUAUGUUUUAGAUGCUGGCAAUGGAAAACUUGAAGGGGAUGAUAAGAAAAGCGUAGGUGAAUUGAAUCUGCAGGUUCUGACAUUAGAUUGCAAUAAAGAUAGACUAAAAGCUCUGAAACGCAAUCAGAAUUUUGAAGCAUUUGUCCUUGGUGGUUGGUAAUAAUUUACUGAAGUAGACUUUGUAAGGUAUUUUUAUCUCACCUAUUUCUGUUACUAAGCAGUUUGCUUCCUAAGCUGUUUGAGGGGUUAUACGCGGUUGCGAGGGUUAAAAAGUCCGUUUUUUCAUAUUUUUUUUAUUGAAACAUUUUUAUUUAUCAAUUACACGUGGUGGUAAUUUUAAUAGAGCAUACUAUUAAUUGUUUUUAAUGGAUAUUGAUGGAA